CACGGAUGAAGAAAGAUGUUACUGAGCGAGGGAUCGAAGCCAUGCGCUAUAGAAAGAAAGCGGCGGAUGGACCUGCAUAAUUGUCGCGAAACCUAAUUGAGCUGCUGGCUGAUACAGAUAUGCUAAUCAUAUGCGCACCUCCGACGAUCACACGGCAACUAGCCGCCCCUGGGUGUCCUUGAUCAUCGCCCUACUGGCGCCGAGCUUCUCGGGAUUGUGCUUACAGCAGCAGUCUACAGUUUUUACGCCUCUAAUAUACAAAGCAAGGCUGCAGAAUCCCUCCCCUAGCCUGUAUUAUUGCGUGGAAUUCCAACUACAAUUAUCAACUGAACUUUGUCCUCCUUCUGACGCGCACAAUCGCGUGAAUCCGGUCUGUGCGAUGUGGUUUCGAAGCGAAAGAUGGCUGGACUUGACGCUCAACAAGAUCGAAGCACUUUUGCUUAGAAGACGACGUGUGUUCGAACAAGAAUAAGGAUGCGAGAAAAGGAUGUGACCUACUCUUCC